AUGGCUGAAAUGGAGACCGCGGUGGAGGGUGCCUCAAACAAGAGACCACGGGCUCAGUUGGAGGAGGAGAAGGCGCAUGAAAAUGACGAAGGUUCCUCCUCUGAAGACGACUAUGGCCCUGCUCUUCCUACAGCGCAACCGAAGAAGAAGCGCAGGAAGCUUCCAUAUGAGAAGCUCUAUAUUGAUGCGUUGCCUGCAUCCUUGCGGUACUCGAAGUCACUGAUGCAUAAAGAACAACUCUCCUUCAUCACGAUCACGCCUCAUACAGACUUUUUGAUAACGAGCUCGAUUGAUGGCGUAGUCAAAUUCUGGAAGAAAAUGGCGGUUGGUGUAGAGUUUGUCAAGGAGUUUCGUGCUCACACGGGUACCAUCAAGAGCAUCAACGCUAGUGCGGAUGGUCGCAGCUUCGCCACGGCAGGCACAGAUAAAACUGUGAAGAUAUUCGAUGUUGUCACCUUUGAUCUACUCGCUGUUCUUAACCUUGAUUUUGUCCCUGGUUGCGUCUGCUGGGUCCAUCCGCGGGGAGCAUCAUUGCCGCUUGUCGCUGUGAGCAAUGAAUCCUCCAACGAUAUUCUCAUCUAUGACGGCCGAGCGGAGAAUUGCACACCUCUUUAUACUUUAACAUCCAUCCAUCGGGCCCCCGUUGUUGCCAUGGCAUUUAAUAAUGCUUACGAUUGUGUCGUUUCAGCAGAUAACAAAGGCAUGAUCGAGUAUUGGCGCCCAAGGAACAACUUCGACAAACCGGAUGGAUUGUUUGACCUCAAAUCAUCAACCGAUUUAUUUACAUUCAAAAAGUCAAAAUCUUUCCCUGUCUCUAUCACAUUCUCUCCGUCCGGUCACCAGUUUGCAACAUUUUCAUUUCCUGAUCGACAGGUUCGAAUCUUUGACUUUCCGACUGGAAAACUUUACCGAUGCUACGACGAGUCCCUGCCAACUCUUUCGGAGAUGCAGCAAGCAGGCACUGCUUUAAAGAAGCUAGAAGAAGUUGAAUUUGGACGCAGAAUGGCUGUCGAACGGGAUCUUGAGAACCCUGUAGUAGCUUCCAAAGUUAAUGUGAUUUUUGACGAAUCGGGCCACUUUGGGAUUAAAUGCAUUAACACGUUCACCAACCGAGUUGCUAAAGUGUUCGGAAAGGAUGAACCGUUCCGCGCCCUGAACCUUGCAAUCUACCAAGGGCAGCCACAAAAGAAAGGUGUGGUAACGGUCUCUAUGGCUGCUAGUGCAAACCCCCUUCUUCAAGAAGCCGAAGAACGUGACCCAAUCCUCGCCUGCACAGGCUUUGCCAAAGUCCGUUUUUAUCUCUUCACCAAUGAAACCGAAAUCUCAAAAUCAUCCCGAGAUGUGCAGAACGAGAAACCUUUACGCGACCGUGACGCUGCCCAAGAUGCUUGGGCUAAUAAACAAGCAGAGACUGGGACUUCUGCCAUCAUUCACACCACGAUGGGCGACAUCCACCUUCGUCUCUUCCCGUCCGUUGCGCCCAAAGCGGUGGAGAAUUUCGUUACCCACGCGCGCAACGGAUACUAUAACAAUACCAUUUUCCAUCGGGUGAUCCGUAAGUUCAUGAUUCAGGGCGGCGACCCUCUUGGCGAUGGGACAGGCGGAGAGUCCAUAUGGGGAGGGGAGUUUGAAGACGAGUUUUCGACGCUGAAGCAUGAUAAACCGUACACCUUGUCCAUGGCAAACGCUGGGCCCAAUACAAAUGGGAGCCAGUUUUUCAUUACCACAGAAAAGACACCGUGGCUGGAUGGCCAUCAUACGAUAUUCGGGAGGGCGGUCAAAGGAUUGGAUGUGGUGCAUCGCAUCGAAAAUGUGAAAACGUACAAGGAGAAGCCAGAGGUGGAUGUGAAGAUUGUUAGCAUCAGUGUUACUUAG